CCUUCCGCUUCCUCCUGCCUCCUGUCCCGCCGCUGCUGCUCCUUGCUCAGGGCACCUCUCCAGCUCUCCAUACCCCUGUGUCUGCAGAAGCGCUCCGGGCCCUGAGCUGUCAGCACCACCGCCCUCCAGGCCUCGGACACGAUGCAGGCCAUAAAGUGUGUGGUGGUGGGAGAUGGAGCCGUGGGCAAGACGUGCCUGCUUAUCAGCUACACCACCAACGCCUUCCCGGGAGAGUACAUCCCCACCGUGUUCGACAACUAUUCAGCCAACGUGAUGGUGGACAGCAAGCCCGUGAACCUGGGGCUGUGGGACACGGCAGGGCAGGAGGACUACGACCGCCUCCGGCCGCUCUCCUACCCGCAGACGGACGUCUUCCUCAUCUGCUUCUCCCUCGUCAGCCCAGCCUCCUAUGAGAAUGUCCGGGCCAAGUGGUUCCCGGAGGUGCGGCAUCACUGCCCCAGCACGCCCAUCAUCCUGGUGGGCACCAAGCUGGACUUGCGGGACGACAAGGACACCAUCGAGAAGCUGAAGGAGAAGAAGCUGGCGCCCAUUACUUACCCGCAGGGCCUGGCGCUGGCCAAGGAGAUCGACUCAGUGAAAUACCUGGAGUGCUCAGCCCUCACCCAGAGAGGCCUGAAAACCGUCUUUGACGAGGCGAUCCGGGCUGUCCUGUGCCCCCAGCCCACGCGGCCACAGAAGCGGCCCUGCAGCAUCCUCUAGGGGACACACCCAGCCCUCCCAGCCAGAUGGUUCUGACCCUCCAGGGCCCCCACCCAAAGCCCCAGGACAUCCCCGCUGGCCAUGCUGCCCCCUUCCUGUGGCGUUUCUUAGCAAGAUGGCUGCAGAGCUUGGCUCAUCAUCUUCUCUGUGCUGGAGUCCCCCCCGGGGAAGAGUGUGAAUUUGUAGGUGCUGCGUCCCCAUCCCCUCAUGCUCCUGCCUUCCCAGGGGCCAGAGGGGAGCCCCAGGACCGAUAAGCCACCCCUGUGUUGCUGUGGUCAGAUGCCCCACGUGGCACCAUCUACCUGUUUACUCCUCCCUCCCAAAGCCUGAAUCCCCUCUGGAAACUUCGGGCCAGAUGGUUGCCGGCCACCACUUAUAUACCUUCAGGGACGGGUCUCUUGCUCUCCCGUGAGGCAGUCUACUCCAAUACUGAUGGUCUUGCUUGUCUGAGGUUCUCCUACUGAAGCUAAAUUAAGUGUCUGAGAAGUUUGCUCUUCUGGUCUUAGUGCUCCUUUUGGGGACAAUACAAAACUUUCAGAUUUUCUAAAUCUCUGUGGGCACCUGCCCAGCCAAUCAAAAGGCUGGGUCCUGCUGACUCCUGCCACCUCUCAAGUCUUUCUGCUCCACUCACAGGAUCCUGAGCUGCAUUUACCUGUGACAGUCUUAAAACUUGCAGACCCUGCCAGUCAGGAUUUCUGUCAUUGCAACUAGGAACCCAAUUCAACCUGCUUAAGCAGAAAAUAAAUUUACUGAUUCAAGUUUGGAAA